AUGGAAGAAUCUUCACAAGGAAAGUACCAAAUUUGUAUAAAUUGUGAGGGUAGGGAUUAUUUGGUAGUGGUAGACGAUUUAGAAACUGCUACUCAACUUGUAAACGAUUAUGAUGUUACUUUGAGCUACAUUGAGUCAAAUCCACAAAGGUGCACAUUGCCAGAUGAUUUAGGAUGUGAAAUUAAAGAUGUUGAAAAUAGUGAAGUAACCGAGAAAGUAACUCAGGAAGUAACUAAUGAAAAGGAACAUAUUACAGAAAUAUGGACACGAAGAAAACCAUCUGAACGAGACAUAGAGGCAACAAAAGUUCUGUUGACAUUAAGGCAAAGAGACUUUAGACUUUUUGAUGACAAGAAAACAUCCAAGGAAAAAUUAUGA